GUGAUCAGGUACCACCAGCAGUUGGUCAAAGCUUUUCCGUUCUUCUACCAUCACUGAUAACUUUGAGUAUAUUUGGAAUUACUGCCGCUAUUUUAGCCGCUUUUAACGUUGAUUUAGUAACCUUGAUUUCGCGGCUAAUCCAAGAGCCUUUAAGAAAGGUUAAUACUUCUCUUCCAGGGUUUUUACUAAUUUAUUCGACGGGCAACUUCUUAUAUACACUAGGUAUUCACCAAACAGUUAUUAACGGAUCAUUGCUAGAUCCAUUAAAUUUAGUAAAUAUGAAUGAAAAUACCGCUGCAGUUUCAGCAGGCCGACCAGCUACGCAUAUUAUUAAUACAGAUUUUGUAACAGUUUAUUCUCAAAUGGGUGGAACUGGUUUGACAAUUGCGUUAAUUAUAGCCGUUUUACUAGUAUCACAUUAUCAGCCUUAUAAGGACGUGGUUAAGUUAGCCAUCGUUCCUGGUAUUUUUGAAAUAAACGAGCCAAUUAUUUUUGGCUUUCCAAUUGUCUUUAACAUCCCAAUGAUUAUUCCAUUCGUCUUGAGCCCAGUAAUUGGGUCAUUAAUUGGAUACUUUGCAACAGCCAUUGGCUUUGUUAAGCCCAUAGCCUAUAUGGUCCCUUGGACAACGCCACCAAUCUUAAGUGGUAUUCUAUCUAGUGGUGGCGAUUGGAAGUGGUUUUAUCUUAUGGCUGGAAUAGCGUCGAAAGGAUUUGCAGACUUAGUUAAUACUAUGAAAUUAUUAAUGAAAAAGGGCGUAAAGUUCCUUGGAAUAUCCGCUGCCGUAACACUAUUUUCAAUUGCGACUGGGGCACUUGCUACUGCGGUUGUUGAUGCGUCAUCUAAUACUGAACAAAAGCAGGAAGGAAAGACUGAUAAGCAGGCUUCAAGAGAUUGGCUAAGGCCG